AUGUUCGCGAAGCGCCUGAUAGAAAAAGCCUCACACCUUCAUCAUCGUCAUUCCCAUCUUCAGGAUAAUGUGAAUGGUUUGAAAUCAGCGGACAUAGAUAUCCGAAUCUCUGUUCAUUAUGGCAUCCCAUCUACUGCAUCAAUUCUGUCUUUUGAUCCCAUUCAGCGUAUAUUGGCCAUUGGGACACUGGAUGGUAGGAUAAAAGUUAUUGGCGGUGAUAAUAUCGAAGGACUUCUAAUUUCCCAAAAGCAAUUGCCUUACAAAUACCUAGAGUUUCUACAAAACCAAGGUUUCUUAGUCAGCAUCUCAAAUGACAAUGAUAUUCAGGUUUGGAAUUUGGACAGCAGAUGUAUAGUUUGUAGUUUACAAUGGGAAUCCAAUAUAACAGCGUUCUCUGUGAUCUCCGGUUCCGUCUUCAUGUAUAUUGGAGAUGAAUAUGGCUUUGUGUCUGUGUUGAAGUAUGAGGCUGACGAUGGAGAGCUUUUGCAAUUGCCAUACCAUAUUUCUUCGAGUUCUCUUACUGAAGCAGCUGGGGUUCCCUUUCCCAAUCAACAAACUGUUGUUGGAGUUCUUCCCCAACCUUGUUCUUCUGGAAAUAGAGUACUGAUUGCAUAUGAGAGCGGGUUGAUUAUUCUUUGGGAUACUGUUGAAGCUUGUAUAGUUACUGUUAGAGGUGAUAAGGCUCUCCAACUGAGGGAUGGAGUACUUGAUUCUGCGAAUGAAGCACAUACCAGCCUUCCAGAUGAUACAUGCCUUUCAGACGAGAAAGAGAUAAGCGCCCUUUGCUGGGCUUCUUCAAGUGGGUCUGUUCUUGCUGUGGGAUACAUCGAUGGCGAUAUCUUGUUUUGGAAAACUUUAACAGCGGCUUCUAGUAAAAUUCAACAAGCUGGACCAUCACAUAAUAAUGUUGUUAAAUUACAGUUGUCUUCUGCUGAGAGGAGACUUCCUGUCAUUGUCUUGCACUGGUGCACAAGCCAUAAGCCCCAUCAUGAUGGUGAUGGGCUACUUUUUGUCUAUGGUGGUGAUGAGAUAGGAUCUGAGGAAGUUCUUACGGUUAUCAGUCUUAAAUGGUCAUCUGGGAUGGAGUCCUUAAGUUGUGUUGGUCGUGUGGACCUCACACUUUCUGGCUCUUUUGCAGACAUGAUUUUAUUAGCAACUGCUGGGGCGGCAGGAAAUGAUCACAAUGCUGCUCUAUUUGUAUUGACAAAUCCUGGGCAGCUGCAAGUUUUUGAGAGUGCUAGCUUAUCUGCCUCUAUAUCUCGGCAAGAGAAGAAAAUAUCUGUCUCUUCUGUGGAAGUUCCUGUUCUAAUACCUACAUUUAAUCCAUUCAUGACAGUGGCAGAGCUCUUUUGUUUGCCUAAAGGUGGAGACUCAUCAACGACUCUGUCAGAGAUAGCCUCACUCAAGAAACUUGGUUCUGCAUCAAACUUGUCUGGGAGCACAAAGUGGCCCUUGACUGGAGGCAUAUCCAAUCAUUUAUCUUUUGCUGAGGACAACAGGAUUGAGAGAGUUUAUGUAGCAGGUUAUCAAGAUGGAUCUAUUCGCAUAUGGGAUUCCACAUACCCAGUCUUAUCAGUUCUUUCUGUUAUAGAAAGUGAGGUUAAAGGUAUAAACUUGGCUGCUUCAAGUGCUUCAGUAUCAAAAGUGGAUUUUUGCUUCCUCACUUUAAACUUAGCGGUUGGCAAUGAAUGUGGUCUGGUCCGUCUUUAUGACCUCAAUGGCCGUUUGCAUGAGAAAAGCUUUCAUUAUGUCACAGAAUCUAAAAAUGAAGUUCAUAAUUUGCCCCCAUCUCAAGGACCCUCCUGCAGAGCUGUUUUUAGCCUUCUCAAUUCGUCCGUUCAAACACUGGAGUUCGCAAAUCAUGGAUCCAGACUUGUUGUAGGAUAUGAAUGUGGUCGUGUUGCAGUGCUUGAUAUGAGUUCAUUAUCAGCUUUGUUCUUAACUGACUGCCUCUCUAGCCCUAGCUCUCCUGUGAUUUCAGUGAAUUGGAAAACAUUUCUGAGUACUGAUGGUCACAUCAAUAGGCAAAAACACUCGGGAUCAAAAGAUUCAGACUACCCUGUGCAGGAAUUGAUGUUUAUUUUAACUAAAAAUGCCACCGCUCUUGUUAUUGAUGCCAGUACCGNUGAUGGUCACAUCAAUAGGCAAAAACACUCGGGAUCAAAAGAUUCAGACUACCCUGUGCAGAAAUUGAUGUUUAUUUUAACUAAAAAUGCCACCGCUCUUGUUAUUGAUGCCAGUACCGGUAAUCUGAUCAGCUCACGUCCAAUGCGAUUAAAGGAGUCAACUGUGGUUUCUAUGUAUGUUAUAGAGGGCAACAUAGCAGGUUCUGGAUUACUAGAUGAAAAGCAGCUGCAGCAGUCGUCCAAGGAUGACGUGAUGAGGAAUGAACCUUCUCAAGACAUAACUGCAAGUGGAAGUAAUCAACAUGAGAUAGAACAUCAUUCUUCUUCGGAGAAUAUCCAUUUUGGAAAAAGUAUGAAGGAUUCACUUGUUUUGCUUUGUUGUAAAGAUGCUUUACGUUUAUACUCCACAACAUCUGUGAUUCAGGGGGACAAUAAAUCUAUUCGGAAAGUGAAACUUGCAAAGACCUGUUGUUACGCAACCACGGUUAUGAAAGAUGAGAAAGUUUGUGGAGUGGUGUUAGUAUAUCAGACCGGAGAAAUAGAAAUUAGAUCUGUGCCAGAUCUAGAGUUGGUGAAGGAGACCUCCUUAAUAUCAAUUUUAAGGUGGAAUUAUAAGGCAAACAUGGACAAAAUGAUGGGUUCUACAGAUAAUGGGCAUAUUACCCUGGCAAAUGGAGGCGAAGUGGCUUUUAUCUGUCUAUUAGCCAAUGAAAAUGAUUUCAGGAUUCCAGAAUCUUUGCCAUCUCUACAUGAUAAAGUUCUUGCAGCAGCAGCAGAGGCUGCCUUAAACUUUUCUUCAAGUCACACAAAAAAACAGGGUGUUGGGCCCGGUAUUCUGGGUGGUAUCGUUAAGGGGUUUAAAGGGGGAAAAGUCAACCAUGCAAUGGAUCUUGUUAGCUCUUCUAAAUCUAAUUUUAGCCAUCUAAAGGACACCUUUUCAAGGAACCCUUUCCCAGACCCAUCUCCUACCACUACAGAGAAUCAGGAAGCCAUCGAGCUUAAUAUAGAUGAUAUUGAAAUUGAUGAGCCUCCAUCUGUGGCGUCUACUUCAUCCCAUAAGUUACAAAAUAAUGAGACAGGAAAGGGAUCUGAAAGAGAAAAACUGUUUGAUGGUGAUGGUGCUGAUGCAAAGCCCAGACUUAGGACACGUGAAGAAAUUAUAGCAAUAUAUAGAAAGGCCGGGGAUGCCUCUUCAGUGGCUGGACAAGCAAGAAACAAGCUUCUAGAACGCCAGGAAAAGCUUGAGAGGAUAAGCAAGCGAACCGAAGAACUGCAGAGUGGUGCGGAAGACUUCGCAUCAUUAGCAAAUGAGCUUGUAAAAGCAAUGGAACGUAGAAAGUGGUGGCAAAUAUGAACACAAGUUGUUUAGGCGCUUCGAUUCUUUGUAUAGGAUUUGUCCCAAGGGCAGGGUGGAGCUUUCUCAGAGGUAUUCAGAAGCCAAUGCAUCAUUUUAAUACACAAGCAGCAGACGAUUAAGAAGGAAGCACAACAAAUUCACCUGAUGGCGCAAACCAUGCUACCAUAUCUGAUAAAAUCGAAAUAUGCUAGAGAAGGAAUUGCCUGCCUCGAGUUGCAGGAGUUUCUUCUUUUAUUUGUUAACAUUUAUAGUUUCAAGUGAGCAAUUUAUCAAUGUAUUAAUUUUGCAGAUAAUUUUUUUUUUCCUUCAAAAGGGGGUGAAUGGGUACAUGGACUUGGGUGAACAUGUUGCAUAUUGGGAAAUAUAGAAUCUUCAGUUGAAAGUACCACAACUCUUCUAUAUUUACACAAAAUCUCCUUUGUAAGAAAGGUUAAAAAAAAGAGAAGUG